CUGCUCUGCUGGAAGCCUUUUUUCUGGUUGGAGGGCCAGGAAGCUGCGCGGUCCUCUCCGUGGACAUAAAUAGGAGGGUUUCGGCUGUUGGGGAAACACUUUUCUGAGUCGAGACUCACGAGAGCAUCUAAAAAUGUCUGGAAGAGGGAAAACCGGAGGAAAAGCCAGAGCGAAGGCAAAGACCCGCUCCUCCCGUGCCGGGCUCCAGUUCCCAGUCGGCCGUGUCCACAGGCUGCUCCGUAAAGGAAACUACGCUCAGCGUGUAGGAGCCGGCGCCCCCGUCUACCUGGCGGCUGUGCUGGAGUACCUGACCGCUGAGAUCCUGGAGCUAGCUGGAAACGCUGCCCGCGACAACAAGAAGACCCGUAUCAUCCCCCGUCACCUGCAGCUGGCUGUCCGCAACGACGAGGAGCUCAACAAGCUGCUGGGCGGAGUGACCAUCGCUCAGGGCGGCGUGCUGCCCAACAUCCAGGCCGUCCUGCUGCCCAAGAAGACCGAGAAGCCCGCCAAGAAGUAAAUACCCGGAACUGGCUUUUACCGACACAACAAAGGCUCUUUUAAGAGCCACACACUUUACUCAAAGAGCUUUGUUUGUGUCGCUGAAAGAAAAAUACUUACUGUAAAAGUCAUUAGGCCUACUAUGAAAUAUCCCCAUGGAUAGUUUUAUACCAUAAUGAGUAGGCUAGGCCUAUAACUUCGAGAAAACAAUGCGGUCACCAUUUUGGAAAUAAACUAUUGUUAAGGCUGCUACUUGAAGACUAAAUGAACAUUGAACUGAAUAAGUCUUUACACUCUACUUUAUCUCAGGUAUUUUUAUUUUUUAUUUUACGCCAUCGGUUUAGGCUAUUUGAUAACUUUAGUUUCUUUGAGAUUUUGCAUACUCUAAAUAUAAUCGUUCGCUGUUCAUUGCAACAAUGGCUUUAACAAAAUCUAAACUACAAGAUUGCCUUGAUGCCUCCAGGAGUGUCCACUGGACUUCAAAGUUUACUAAACAUCUGAAUUUCGUUAUUUAUUGAAGAGGAAUAACCCCUUAAAUGAACCAUCUCUUUUUCGAGGGGGGUCCUUGUUUCAGAAUAAACACAAAUCUUGAUAUAAAUUACUGAUUCAUCUGGACAGGCAUUUUUGUUUAGUAGGCUAGUCCAUGAGAGUCAUGGCAGGAUGUGUAACGGUACAGCUAAUUUUCAUCUUCAUAUCCUAAAAUCAACCAUGUCUUGAUAUUUCGCUUUUUGCUGUUGUAGACUAUCACUU